AUGAAUAGAGAAGACUAUGUAAAAGAAGUUCAACGGCAAUUGGAUAAUGAUCAAUAUUAUGAGAAGGUACAAACUGACUUCUCACCUGCAGCUAUUCAGAACGUUAUCAAAUGUGUCGAAGAAAUUGAAAACAUCGAACCUAACAUUAGGAAUGAAUUUGAUGUUUUUCCAGAAAAUCUGAGGACCCCACAAUUUUACAUACUGCCAAAAAGCCAUAAAACUUUUGAUGAUAAUCUACCUCUUGGAUACCCUGGCCGACCUAUUGUGUCUGCAUAUGAUUCAUGCACGGAUCAUAUAUCUAAAUACGUUGACCAUAUUCUGCAACCAUUUGUGCAGUCCCUGCCGUCGUAUAUAAAAGACACAAAUGAUUUUAUUACAAAGCUUAAACAGCAUAAACUAAGCAACCAUAAAACAUUUCUAGUUACAUUGGAUGUUAAUUCUUUGUAUACAAAUAUCCCACACACUGAAGGUAUAGAAGCAUGCAAAUAUUUUUUGGAAAAAAGUAACUAUAAUGGUAGAUUGUCAGUGGACAGUGUAUGUAAACUUAUACAAACUGUAUUAGAAAACAACUUCUUCAAGUUUAAUAAUGAUAAUUAUCUACAAAAAACUGGGACAGCUAUGGGUAGUCCCAUGGCUCCAUCUUUUGCUUCCUUAUUCAUGGGUAAACUUGAACAAUCUUUUCUUAAUAGUUGUGAGUUGAAACCGGAUGUUUGGUUUAGAUUCUUGGAUGAUAUUUUCAUGCUCUGGAGUCAUUCUUUAGAUGAGCUUAAGAAAUUUAUUGAGUUGUUAAAUACAGUUCAUCCAAUGAUUAAGUUCACAUAUAACAUAUCUGAAUCUGAAGUAUCAUUUUUAGAUGUAGAUGUUAGUAUAGAUGAUGAACAUAACAUCAGCACCAAUGUACAUGUCAAACCUACCAAUAUUCACCAGUAUGUUGAUUAUAGUUCGUGCCAUCCUAAAGCAUGUAAGGAUGGUAUACCUUACAGUCAAGCUAAACGGUAUCGCCGAAUAUGUUCUGAUGAGAAUCAAUUUUUUGGUAAUAUCGAACAGCUUCGGCAACACUUCCUUGUUAGAAACUACCCAGAGUCUGUUAUUAAUACAGCAUUUGAGAAAGUUAUGUGUAUGUCACAAGAUGAUGCACUUAGAGCCUCUGUAAAACAAGAUCAAAAUAUUGUGCCUUUUGUAGUUGAGUACAACACAUCUCUUCCUAAUAUUGGCAACAUUAUUAACAAAUACUGGGAUUUACUUCAGCUGUCAGAUAAUCCUGCUGUUAAAAUGUUACAUUUGUGUAAUCCUACCAUGGCUUUUAAACGUCCUAAGAAUUUGAAGGACAUUCUAGUUAAAACUGACUUUCAUAUGUUGUCUGAUAGGAGUCAUACUUAUAUGGAGGAUACGUACUUACACGGAGGAUACUCACAUGCACGGAGGAUACUCUCUUACAUAGAGGAUUCUUAUUUGCACGGAGGAUACUCUCCUACAGAGGAGUCAUACUUAUAUGGAGGAUACGUACUUACACGGAGGAUACUCACAUGCACGGAGGAUACUCUCUUACAUAGAGGAUUCUUAUUUGCACGGAUGAUACUCUCCUACAGAGGAGUCAUACUUAUAUGGAGGAUACGUACUUACACGGAGGAUACUCACAUGUAA